AAUGUAGAAGAAGAAGAAAGUGCAUUUUGCUUUGGUGCGUUUCGAUUUUUUUUUUUUAGAUCUCCAAAAUCAAACAACACCGAAACACCAACAGUCUCUCUCUCCUCUUUUGAGUUUUAACCCUCUUUCUGUUUCUCUAUCUAAACCCCCCCAAACCUCGAAAAGAAGCUUCAAAAUUCUGGACAAGAUCGUAGAGAUACUGUUUUGAUGGACGAGAGCAAAGAGAAGGGUGUUAGUGCUGCUGGGGAAGUUGUAGCUGAGGAAGGUGGGUCUUGUAAUGGGGAUGAACUAAUGGUGGAGGUUUUCGGGUCUAAUGUGUAUGUGGGUGGAGUUUGUACUAGCGGAGGAGGAGAUGAGGAAGGUGAGGAGGUGGGCCGCGAGGAGUCGGUUGAGGUUGAGAUGGGUUCGGGUGGAAAUGUGGGGUCUGUGGGUGGGGAUGGUGGCGGAGUGAGUGUAGUGGGUUCAGGUGGGAAGGCGGAGGCGGUGGAGGAGAGUUUGAAGGGAGCAGGGGCAGCUGGUGGUGCUGGUUCAGCUGUUGAUGCGGAGAAAGCUGAAAAGGAAAGGAAACUGAUUGGAGGACUUCUGGAGGAAGUUUUUGGGCGUGGGCUUAUGGAUGGUGGGAGAAGAGAAAAGAAGGGAGUUGGUGGUGGGGCUGAUUUGAAGAAAGCUAGUGGUGCAAGUUCUUCGGAAACAGUGGAGAAUUCUCGUGUUCAGACCCAAGUUGUGGAGAAAGCUUCAGUUGUUAGUGAAGUAGGUUCGAGUCCCAGAGUCUUGAAUGGACAAAGGCAAGUUUCUGCUGGUGGUGGUGAUGUUUCAGGCGCGGUCAAAGGAGAUACCGUGACUUCUGAAGUUGCAGGAGUAGAAACUGAGAAGAUUCGUGGAAGUCAUUCAGUAGGAAAACAGCAGGUUAAGAUCGAGUCACUAGGUGGAAACAUCCAUACUCAUGUCAAUGUACCUGCACAUACAGUUGCCUCAUCCCUGCCGGAUGGAGAGGAUCUCUUGAAUUCUGAAAAAGAUCAUUUGAAACUAGAUGAGAGUGUAGAGAACACUUUUCAUGAUAUUGCUCAGGUUGGGUCAACUACAUCUCUGCCAGCUAAACUACUUCCUGGAUGCGUAGAUCAAGAGGGUCUUUUGAAGUUUGAAAGUCAUCAGCACUUGAAAGCCGAAGAUAUCAUAGACAAGAACAGGGUCCAUGAUAUGGCCCGGGUUGAAUUAAAUGGACGGCAAGAAAUGGAAGUGGACAAUCAAGUUACUGAUGCUGAUCAUGGUGAGUUGGUUUCAGGAAUUGGUCAGAACCCAAAAAUAGAGAAGGCAUGCAUGAACUCUGUUGGGAAGGAUCAAAAGUUGAAGUCUGAAGAAAGUUUAAACAAUAAUGUGACCACUGAUCUUGGUCAGUCCAAGACCAAUGCUGUACAUGAGGUUGAGGUAACUGAAGCUGAUAUGGAUGGUUUAUAUGGAGAAACACAAGACAUGGAAGUGGAAAGAGAUGCUAGUCAUAUGGAACAGCUCAAACCUAGUGAAGAGAAAACUGUUAUUCGAGAAGCUACGCAGCCUGAAACCUCUGAAAUAGUGCCUGAACUUAGAUAUGAGCUGCCUCAAAAACAUGAAGGUACAUUUUCUGUCUCAGAUUUAGUUUGGGGCAAAGUGAAGAGCCAUCCAUGGUGGCCUGGCCAGAUAUUUGAUUUUAUGGCUGCAUCUGAGAAGGCGAUGAAACAUCAUAAGAAGGACUGUUUUUUGGUAGCAUAUUUUGGGGACCGAACAUUUGCUUGGAACGAAGUAUCUAGUUUAAAGCCUUUCCAAUCUUAUUUCUCCCAGGCACAGAAGCAGUGCACUUCCGAAACAUUCCACAAAGCUGUCAAUUGUGUUCUGGAAGAAGUUUCAAGACGUGUAGAAUUGGGGUUAUCAUGCUCAUGCAUACCAAAAGAUGUUUAUGAAAAGAUUAGAUUCCAGAUUGUUGAAAAUGCUGGGAUAUGCAGUGAAUCGAGUAGAGUGGAAGGAGUGGAUGAAUCUGCAAGUGCAAGUUCAUUUGAAUCCGAUAAGCUACUUACAUAUGUAAAAGCUUUAGCACGGUUUCCAUCUGGUAGAAGCGAAAAAUUAGAACUUGUCAUUGCCAAGGCUCACUUGACGUCAUUCUUCCGUUCAAAGGGUUAUUGUAGUUUGCCUGAGUUCCAAUUUUGUGGAAAUUUGUUGGAAAGUGAAACAGAUAAUUCAUUCUCUGAGGGCAAAACAUGUCCAGGUGAAAUUACUGAGCAUGCGACUUCUAUUGGGAAGGAUAAGAAGACUGGCCCGGAGGUGGAGGAACUCAAGUCUAGCUCUUCUCAUAAACGUAAGCAUAAUCUAAGAGAAGGAGCGUAUGCUAAAAUGAAAGAAAGAAGCAUGUCAGAGUUAAUGGGUGCCGAAGAUGGUAAUGAUUGGUUCGAUGUGAAGGCUUUACCAUCAUCUGCCAAGAGACGGAAGGGUGCUGACUUGGCCACACAAGAUGGGAGGAAAGCUGUUUCACCUCUACCAAAACCAUCAUUUAAGAUUGGUGAAUGUAUCCAGAGAGCAGCAAGCCAACUGUCAGGGUCUACUAUAGUGAAGUCCAGCACCGACAGACCUGCUGUGCAGGGAUCUGAUGUUUCCUUCCAGAAUUCGGAUGAUACUCUUAGAGGAGUGAAUAAUACAACAAAGUACUCAUCUCUAGAUGAACUGCUGUCACAACUUCGGUUGGCAGCGGAAGAACCCCUGAAGGAAUACAAUUCCUUGAGUACUAUUGUCAAUUUCUUCUCUGAUUUUAGAAAUUCUGUGGUUGUUGGCCAGAAAUCUGGGUUGGGGCUCUUGGUUGUAGACAAAGUCGGUGGUAGAAAGAGGAAGUUAAAUUCUGUGCUUGGGUCACCUGAGACUUUUGAAUUUGAUGACAUGAAUGACACUUAUUGGACAGACAUGGUAAUCCAAAAUGGUGGAGAAGAGGAAGCUCCACGGAAAAGAAAACCAAAGUAUCAAGCUGUCGUCCUUGGGCAACCAGAAAAGCCCGCACAAGUGGGUCGCAGGCCAUACACCAGGAAGAAGUUUUCUCAAGGGAGUCAAGAUUUGCCUCCGGAGAAGCCUGUUGGUUAUGUCGAUGAGAAUGCCCCAGCAGAACUUGUAAUGAGCUUCUCUGAGGUGAGCUCUAUUCCUUCAGAAACAAACCUGAAUAAAAUGUUCAAGCGCUUUGGACCUCUGAAGGAAUAUGAAACAGAAGUUGAUAGGGAGAGCAGCCGUGCUAGAGUGGUUUUCAAGAGAUGUUCUGAUGCUGAAGUUGCUUGCAAUAGUGCUGGGAAAUUCAAUAUCUUUGGACAGAUUACUGUAAGUUACCAGCUCAACUACACUCCCUCUCAGCUCAACUACACGCCAUCUAUUACGUUUGGUGCAUCUACCAGUGGUGCACCCCAGGAUCAGGAGGUGCAACUUGUUUUUCCCUCCCAUGAUCAUGAGAUGCAUCUUGAUCUCUCCACCCAUGACCAGAUGCAGCUUGAUCUUUCCACCCAUGACCAGAUGCAGCUUGACCUUUCCACCCAUGACCACAUGCAGCUUGAUCUUUCAACCCAUGACGAGAUGCAACUAGACCUCUCCACAUUUGAAGUUAAUCUGGUUUGACACUUGCAGUUAAGAGAGCGAAUGCUGAAGAAAAGACAGAUGCAUGGCUGUUAAAGAGGAGAUGCAUGAUAUUGCAUUAUUGCUCAUAGGACAUCCAAACUGAAGCAGCUUCUGAAGGAGGUACCAGACUGUUUAUUCACUUGGUUAUGAUCGGAUGUGAUCUUGUGCCAGGGUUCUCUGUUCUGUUAAAUGCCAAGGUGCCUGCUUUUCACAUUGUUUUGUAAUCCUAUGCCCGUAGUCCGAUGUAUAGCAGAGAUAGCGUUCCCACCCUUGAUGGCUACAAGAUUAUUUGUGUCCUUGAUUAGCAGGCUGUUCCUUCCGGUCCCAUUUCUUCCUCCCCAGUAGUAGAUUUUAUGUAACCAUAGGAUGCUGUUUAAAUGUCACAAACUCGAAAUAUCCUGGAACUAGGGAUUUCAGAAAAUGCAAAACAUGGAUGGAAUUCAUCCUUUUCCUGUUGAUUGCAAUAUCUGGAUCCGCUUCCUGGUUUUGAGCAUGACUGCCUCUACCUUUUGGGUAUGGGUUGCCUCAUGGUGAUGUGAAAUCUGAUCCUGUUCAUGAACUGUGGUCUGUUGCUGGCAAUGUGAUUACAACACGAUGUUGUGGGAUAUUCUGUCAAGUUGGUACCUCUCUAAAAUGUCAUGUUUACUUGCAUUGUAUUGGAUUCAUCGAUCAUCAAACAGGG